GUGACUCGUCACGUGGUCAUGACCGGAUCAGCUGAGCAGCUUUUUCUUCCUCUCAGUGUGGUCUUUCAUGUUUAUCUGGGAAACAGGCUACUCGACUGUAGCUGAUACCCUGUCUGGACACGUUAAAACAUCCCUUCUGCCUCUGUUGAUGUGAAACUCAAGAUAAGCUUCAGUCGCGUGCCGUAUGUGUAGUGGUUGCUAUCAACACUGGACGUCUACAUGAAUACUUCGGACAGUGAGGAGGAGGCCUGCAAUGAGCGGACGGCUUUGGUCCAGUCACAAAGUCCACCCUUACCAAACUACAACCAAGACGACCUGACGCCUCCACAGGAUGUCGAACCAAAGAGGCGGCAAGUCUCACGCGAGGGCAGCAGCAGUCAUCCGGCUCCGCAGCAGGCGGGUCCCGGCGUGGGACGCGAGCCGUCGACAGAGACGGACGAGGAGGAGUUGACGUUGAAGUACGGCGCCAAGCACGUCAUCAUGCUCUUCAUCCCCGUCACCCUCUGCAUGGUGGUGGUGGUGGCCACCAUCAAGUCAGUCAGCUUCUACACAGAGAAGACCGGGCAGCAGCUCAUCUACACGCCCUUCUCGGAGGACACCCCCUCUGUGGGCCGGCGGCUGCUCUACUCCGUGCUCAACACCAUCAUCAUGAUCAGCGUCAUCGUCGUCAUGACAAUCUUCCUCGUGGUGCUCUACAAGUACCGCUGCUACAAGUUUAUCCACGGCUGGCUGAUCAUGUCCUCCCUCAUGCUCCUGUUCUGGUUCAGCUUCAUGUACCUGGGGGAGGUGUUCAAGACGUACAACGUGGCGAUGGACUACCCAACGCUGGUGAUGAUCAUCUGGAACUUCGGGGCGGUGGGCAUGGUGUGCAUCCACUGGAAAGGCCCUCUGCAGCUGCAGCAGGCCUACCUCAUCGUCAUCAGCGCACUCAUGGCUCUCAUCUUCAUCAAGUUCCUGCCAGAGUGGUCGGCAUGGGUCAUACUGGGAGCCAUCUCUGUCUACGAUUUAAUUGCAGUGCUUUGCCCCAAGGGUCCUCUGAGGAUGCUGGUUGAGACGGCUCAGGAGAGGAACGAGCCCAUAUUCCCUGCUCUCAUCUACUCCUCUGCCAUGGUGUGGAUGGUGGGCAUGGCCAACCCAGCUCAGUCAGCAGAGCAACGCAACCACGACACAGAUGAAGAGAUGCAGAGAGCAGAUGCAGCGAGCAGCGACCGCAGCCUGGAGGGGGCGGAGCAGAGCCCGUCACUCAGGGGAAUGGGGAGGAGCUACUCUGUAGAGGAGGAAAUGGAGGAGGACCGCGGUGUGAAGUUGGGUCUGGGUGACUUCAUCUUCUACAGUGUGCUGGUAGGGAAGGCGGCUGCCACAGGGGGAGACUGGAACACCACACUAGCCUGCUUUGUAGCCAUCCUUAUCGGUCUGUGCCUGACCCUCCUCCUGCUGGCCAUCUUCAAGAAGGCCCUGCCGGCCCUCCCCAUCUCCAUCACCUUCGGCCUGGUCUUCUACUUCUCCACGGACAACCUGGUCAAGCCCUUCAUGGACAACCUGGCCGCCAACCAGUUCUACAUUUGACCUAUGACCUUUGAAGCACCCCCUUCCUGCUGUCUGCCUCCCACUCUCAAGGCCAGCUACUAGUAUUCACCUUUUGAGAAGGUCGUAGUGUGUGUGUGUGUGUGUGUGUGUGUGUGUGUG